AGGGAAGACUGUAAAUCGCUGAGUACAUUUCUGUGUUAUUUAUUUAGUUUCUCUUUCAAAUCAAUCCUUCGGAUCCAAAAAUCAUUGCUCUCCCUCGAAGCAGUUGGCCGCUGUAAUUUAUAUUGUUCCAAUAGCUUAUCAAAUUGAGGGACUAAUUUGGCAGAGCUGGUGUUCAUGCAGCAUUGACUGACAGUUAUAAGUUGACAGAGAAGAGAUCUGGCUUUAUAAGGAUAAAGAACCGAGGAAAGUUUGGCUCAUGAUAAUUUGAUAUCCAACAGGAUUAGGAAGACCAUGGCACGGGCUUCACCAUUAUUUCUAAUUCUGUUGGUUCUUGGCUCUUCCUUUGCAACUUAUAAUCUGGUAACAAUGAUAAUUCGCUAUGCAUCUUCAACAAACUUGACAGUUAAUGAGAUAGAUGUUAAAUUAUCAUUUGACCCCAUUGUUGAGAUGCCUGAGAAUGUAAAGAAUCAGAAGAGACCAAAAGCACUCUUUCAUGUAGCCUUAACAGCUACUAAUGCAACAUACAAUAAAUGGCAAUGCCGCAUCAUGUAUUACUGGUAUAAAAAGAAAAAAGCCUUGCCUGGUUCAGAAAUGGGAGGAUUCACUAGGAUUCUACAUUCGGGAAAUCCAGACAACUUGAUGGAUGAGAUUCCUACUCUUGUGGUUAAUCCUCUUCCUUCAGGGUUGGACCGGGGAUACAUAGUUCUGAACAGACCGUGGGCCUUUGUGCAAUGGCUAGAGAAAGCAACAAUAGAGGAAGAAUAUGUUUUGAUGGCAGAACCUGAUCACAUUUUUGUGAAUCCUCUUCCGAAUUUGGCUUUUGGGGAGCAUCCAGCUGCUUUUCCAUUUUUUUAUAUCAGGCCAGAUCAGAAUGAGAAAAUAGUAAGGAAGUUUUAUCCUGAGGAGAAUGGACCUGUCACAAAUGUUGAUCCAAUCGGCAAUUCUCCUGUAAUCAUAAGAAAGGAUGUGCUUUCAAAGAUUGCUCCAACAUGGAUGAAUAUCUCUAUGAAGAUGAAAGAGGACCCAGAGACUGAUAAGGCCUUUGGAUGGGUGCUAGAAAUGUAUGGCUAUGCUAUAGCAUCUGCUCUCCAUGGUGUUCGACAUAUUUUGCGGAAAGACUUCAUGCUGCAGCCUCCAUGGGAUCUUGAAACUCGUAAUAAGUUUAUCAUCCAUUAUACAUAUGGAUGCGAUUACAAUUUAAAGGGUGAGUUGACGUAUGGUAAAAUUGGCGAGUGGAGAUUUGAUAAAAGGUCACAUCUGCGUGGACCUCCCCCAAGAAACCUGCCCUUACCGCCGCCAGGGGUUCCUGAAAGUGUGGUUACUCUUGUAAAGAUGGUGAACGAGGCCUCUGCUAACAUCCCUAAUUGGGACACAGUCUAAAUCCAGGCUCUGUUCAUCACCAAUACACCAUAGUCAAGUUUCUGUUCUGAGAAAGCAAAAGGCGUAGAGUAUCAGAGAGAUCUGGCAGUUUGGCCUUAAAUUACCAGGUUGAUUGGCUUCAGUGGAAAACAAAUCAGUACGUAUAUGAAUUGGCCUCAAAAAUAGUAAACUUGUUGAACGCGAGUUCUUUUAGCAGUUUUGAGUUGCUUGGUAAAUACUAGUGUGCAGCAGGUUUAUUACAGAGGCUAACUUCCCCACUUUAAGGGCUCAGUUGUCAGUUUAAUUGUUCGCCUGUCAUGCUCAUAUUUGUCCUAUAUCUAUAGAUUUUGUUCCAAACAAGUCAUUUGUCAGGUGUUGAAGGAAUUAGAAGUAGCAUUUGAUUUGAGAUUUGGCUUUAGUUAAUUAUGUUAUCUGUCAAUUAGGAAAUUUUUUUAAACUAAACUUGCUGUAUCAGCAAUAUAGGAGCUGAUAAAAUGGUAUUAAAUUUAUUAUAUACAUGAUUUGGUUGGCAAAAA